AUGAAGAAAUUUUCUAAUGCUGUAGACCUGCAAAAUCUAGCACUUGAUCUUGUGUCGGCGUUGAGAAGCGUCCCUGAAAUACGAACCCUGCCAUCCACCAAUAGUCGGAAGAGCCUUUUAAGUGAUAUCUUGAGGCUUAAUUCUGCUAUCAGUUCCGAGGACUAUGAUAUCUACAAACUUAUUCCAUUGCUUCGUGCGGUCGUCAAUAAAGAACCCGAUGAUAUAGUCUGGAAUAAGAUCCACGCUGCACUUAUCGAAACUACUCCUCCACCGAGACCGCUCCCUAGCCUUAACCAAACACCAAAACCACACACCACGAGCAGCUUUGCCAAUUCAUCCGAACAACGUAAGCACGUAGAUGCCGUGCUGAAGGAGGAGCUUGGGUCGAUCUACAUUGGUGUACGUGGUUUUUACAAAGCAUACUUUGGGGGUAUAGAAGGCUUGGAAGAAAUGGUUACUGCGGUGUUUAGGAAAUGCCAUGGAAAUAAUCCUCUGUUCACUGAAUAUGGGUGGCUAGGCUGGCCAAAGAGCGCAAAGGAAAGGGAAGUCUUGGAUUGGCUGGCUCCUUUGGUCAGGAGGCUCCACAACCUGGCCGUCGAUGAGGGAUUUAACUUGACACCCGAGCGUACGAUUUUGACGCAACCUAAUCGACCACUAGAAGGAUCCAUGGCCGAUCGCAAGUUAGAUACUGGCAUCGUGUGCAACUCGGAUGUGACUAAUCAGACAAAAUAUGAAUGGUCACAGAUCUUGGUUCUCGGGGAGCUAAAGAGUAGUAAUCCGAAAGAAGACACGGCCUCGAAGACUUGGCGCGACUUGGGGCGUUAUGCGAGGGAGGUUCUUACUAUUCAAGACACUCGUCGGUUUGCCUUGGGCUUUACGCUCUGUGGGUCUAAUAUGCAACUCUGGGAGUUUGAUCGAGUGGGAGCUAUUGCUUCAUCUCCAUUUGAUAUUAACAGAUAUGGGCAGCAGUUUGUUUCAGCAAUGCUGGGCUUUCUUCUGAUGAACGAUGAGCAGCUAGGAUAUGACCCCAGCAUCAUGUCCACUUCAGAUGGUAAACAUUACAUUUUUACAGGGCGACAUUUCGACUGGGAAUCUUAUUCUGAAUGA